AAAAGAUAUGGUACGUGAACUUAUUCCAAAUAUUGGAGAUCGAUUAAACUUUAUAAAAAAAUACGAAGAACUAUUUUCACAAGUAAAAGAUAUCAGUGUCUGUCAAGUAGAAGAAAAUGGUCAUUAACCCCAAUAUCGCAUUUACAAGAAACACAUGUGAAAUCUUCCAAUGUUACGAGCACCUCAAAUAGUAACAGUAACGAUACUAUUUUAAUAGACGAACACGAGAAAAUAUUAUAUAAUUCUUAUAUCGAAUUGUCAAAAGAAAUGGACGUGCUUGAUUUAACUUAAUUGAAGUGCUAGAACGAGCUCCAAUGGGAAAAGCAAUUAUUUCAUAUUAUAAUAGUAAAAGUAUCUCACAUGAUUGCUUUCGAAAUAAACUUGUGGAUAUCAUAAUAAGACAUUUAUUCUCAUAUCAUUCCAAACACCGAUUAACAGAGAAAGAUUAUCAAUCCAUAGUAGCAAAAAUAAAAAACUUAUUCCCUAACGAGCCUGCAACGGUAUACUACAUUGCUUCCAUACGAAAGCAGGAUUCACCAACUGGAAAAACAAUCGCAGCAAGAGGAAAAUUACUCGAUAAAGCUAAAAAUUUAAUUUACCAAGGUGGUUAUGCAAGACCUACGAAAAAAAGGAAAGCAACGGAAAAUAUUGAAAUACCAACAAAACAGAAAAUAGAUUUGUCUACGAAUGAUUCCUAUUUAUGGCUAAGUACAAGAAGUGAGCCUUGGGAAGAAGUUAUUAUCCAUUGGAAGAAUACCUAUCAUUUGAGGCAAGAAUCAGAAGCGGCUACUGCAUAUGAUUUUAUUGAACAGUGGCCUAUUUUAAAUCGAACAAAUGUAGAUACUUUGAUAAAUUGUGAUUUUGACGAACUGUUUCCAAACCGUACUUGUAACCUGUACAAAUAUUGGAAUUUAUUCUUUGAUAAAGUAGUUUAUUAUAAAGAAGGUCAUACAAAAGACAAUCUGACAAUUGAUAUUGAGGAUUUAAAAUCACUUUCUGAAA